AUGGGAUGGAGCUUCCACGAUGGAAAUCAGAUCCCAAUUACACAGAGAUCAACAGCAAGGAAGCACAUAGCAUCACCGCUAAUAGCUGAGGGACUAGCAAUCCGUUACGCCCUAGAACAUGCCCUUGAUCUGAGUUUCUCCUCCUUGCAUGUGGCCU